UCCGCAAGCCCCCCCUCCUCCUCCACUUCCAGUGUCGGCGGCGUUGGCUUCUACCGACAGAAUCCAACAUGGAGUAACCAGAGAUGGGGCUCGUACGGGGCCAUCCUCACCGACAUCAACGCACGAUUUCAAUUACCGCAUUUCAGCAUGGGGCGCGACGGGAUUAAAUCGGUGGAGGUAUUUCAAAGGGAUUUACACUCUCGUGGAUGCACUCGAAUAAUUGUAGUGAGGCGCUGAGAGACGAAGAAGAGAAGCAAGAAAUAACGCAAACAAACAGAAAAAAAACACUCGGAAAACUAGGCUGCUACUGUUACGGGUGUGUGAUCGAGGUGUUGGACGAGAAGGGCAAGACAAAAUGAUGACACCACACAAUGUACCCUCGGGUGGGAUAUUAUUGUAGGUGAAACGAAAGAAAAUGACAGAGCAAACACACCCAGACGAUGACAGCUACAUUGUGCGUGUCAAAGCGGUGGUCAUGACCCGGGACGACUCGAGUGGCGGUUGGCUGGCCCAGGACGGUGGGUGCCUCAGCCGUGUGGGCGUGUGCAAGGUGCUGUCUUCCGAGCUGCUGGGCCGAAGCAGCUUCCUCAUCCACGGCGAGCGCCUCAAAGACAAACAGGUGAUUCUGGAAUGCUUCCUGAAGAAGGAUCUGGUGUACACCAAGGCCACGCCCACAUUUCACCACUGGAAAGUGGACAACAAGAAGUGUGGCUUGACGUUCCAGAGCCCGGCCGACGCACGUGCCUUCGACCGCGGGGUCAGGAAAGCCAUGGAGGAUCUGACGGAAGGAUCUACCACCUCUUCUUCGACCAUCCAGAACGAGGCCGAGUUGGGCGACGACGAUGUUUUCACUAAUGCCACCGACAGCUCGUCCAACUCCUCCCACUCCCAGAAGAAGGAGCCCCUGCAGCUGCAGACCCUGGCCCCGCCCUGCGAGCCGCGCCACCACCACUGCAUCCUGGGCCACUUCUAUGACCAGCACCGACCCUCGGACCACUACUUCCUGGAUCAGGUGGGUGGCUGGGGGACGACAGUGGCGAAGUCGGUUCCCAUGUUCCCACGCCACGUCAGCUUCCAGGUGGAGGAGGAGGAGAUCGUGCGCAUCAACCCUCGCGAGCGGACCUGGCUGACUGGGUAUGAGGACUACCGGCACGCCACCGCCACGCGCGACAAGCUCAUCCAGCACCCCGAGGAUGCUGACGCCUACGUGCACUUUGCCAAGAGCGAGCCGCCUAAGCACGACUACACCUACCCUUACCCCCUGGGCCUUGAUCCCCACCAGCAUGCAAGGGACCCCAAGAUAGGCUGCGCGGACCGACUUGGUGGGGGCGGACUUAUCGGGGGACACAGGGCGGUGGUCACAGCCCAGCCCCGCACCCUCCAGCUCAAGGGCAAGCGGCGGAAGGAAGACGGCGAGCGCUCGCGCUGCGUCUACUGCCGGGACAUGUUCAACCACGAGGAGAACAGGCGCGGGCGGUGCCAGGAGGCGCCGGACCCAAUCCAGACGUGCAUCCACCGGGUCAGCUUCAUGUGGUGUGCGGACAGCCUGCUCUACCACUGCAUGUCAGACCCGGAGGGCGACUACUCGGACCCGUGCUCGUGCGACACCAGCGAUGAGCGCUUCUGCCUGCGCUGGCUGGCCCUGGUUGGGCUGUCGCUGCUGGCCCCCUGCAUGUGCUGCUAUGCCCCCCUGCGCGCCUGCUACCGCUGCGGGGUGGCCUGCCACUGCUGCGGGGGCAAGCACAAAGCUGUGGGCUGAGUGCCAGGAGGGAGAGUAGAACAGAGACCCAUGGAAGGGACUGGACCGGAAGAGUGUGGCCCCGCUAUUCUUUUGUUUUGUGUUUUUGUUUUCGCUGUUGUGUCUCUCGGCCAAAUUCCAGAUGGGAAAACAAUUGGCUUGUCCUGAUUUCUUUUCGAUUUGGAAAUUUCUCUCGGUGGAAAGAAAGAAAAAAUAUGUUUCCUUUUGUUUUUUUUAUAGGGGUACCCUGCCUACGGCUUCCACGUCCUUGCAUUACAAAGACUAAAACAAUGAAUAUUCAUAUAUAAAUAUUAUAUAAACAGGUACUUUAUAUUUUUACACAUGUUUUAAAGGCUUGAAUAUUUUUACCAGUGUUUUGUGUGAGGUCAGUGUGAGCGUUGUUUUCUGAGGGGGGGCUCUCACUUUGUGUUCCCCUCGCAUGGCUCACCACCAAUCACAGAUCAAGCUGGUUCCCGCCUGUAAAGCAGAGGCACUUAAGUCAAGGGUGUGUCCUUAAUGGUACCUCAUUGCUUAUGAAGUGCACUACUUUUGAUCAUAGCCCUAUGGGCCCUUGUCUAAUGGAGUGCAAUAUAUAGGUAAUAGAGUGCCAUGUGGGAUGCAGCCCAACUGUGAUCACGUCUGCCCCUCCCAGCCAAUGAAACAAAAGAAAAGGCAAACGUUUUAACCAGUGUUUCCUCAUUCUGCACCUGGAUUACUCCUGACCGAGCCUGUUCCCAGAUCAAUUAGACAUGGGGCCAGGCUACCCCUGACUAUACAGAUUGACUAUACAAAUUAAACCCAAUAUCAAUAAAUGUCAGUGGAGACACACCUGGAAAAAACCUGAAAGUACCAUUCUACUGCUUGGUCAAAUUAGACUGACUGUAUUGUGGAUUCGACCCAGAACCAAAUCUAAAAUGGGUCAGGGGUACUUGAGUAUUGGAUGGGGGAACUCUGCUUUAGACACUUAAUCUGUAGGGUUGUGUGUGUCUGUGUGACUUCCUAUGUGCAAAAGUCUGGAAAAUGGAAUGGGCAACAAUGUAUCCCUGAUUGCUAUUGUUGUGACUUCAACUAAAAGCCAAAAUGACAAAAUAAGCUGCAGCAUUUAUAUAGAGUAUCUAAAUUCGUCUUUAAAAAAAACAACUUUUUUUUUUUAAAGAUAAUAAUCCUCAAUCAACCGUUUAUUACAGUGGAGGAGAACUCAAGCCUUAGGUAACUUUUUAUUCAGUUGAUGUUUGAUGAUAAUCUUUUGAUAUAGUUAUUUAUUUGCCUUGCUAAAUUUAGACACCAGCCUAGGGGGUUAUAAGAGGAAGGGAACAGUCCCAUUUGUAAACUAAACACAGCCAAGAGGGAAAGAGGAGAUAUUUUUGUCACCUUUUGAGAUGGAGGAUGACCUUGUCCACACUACAGUGUCAUUGGUGCUCUCUUAUGCGUGUCUUUUUCCUUUUGUCUUUCAAAAGGAUACUCAACGAGGCUAACUGUCAGGGAAUUGCGAUCCAUAGAGUUUUGCUCAACUUUAGCUCGAGAGAAAGACACACCGCUUUGAUCUGGUUGUUCAUCGUUCCCCACAAGGGUAUAAGAUAGUGGGUUCUCCAACAAAGGGACGUGCUGGCACACCCAAUUCAACUAAUCACCUAAUCGUGUUCUUCAGUCUAUACCACAAUUAGCUGAUACAGGUGCGUUACUGCAGGGCUGGAAUGAAAGGCUGCACACCCAGUAACUCUCCCAAGACCAGAGUUGGAGACAGGUGGAGAAGUGUUGAAUCUAUUCUUCUGUAGUCCAGUAACUCCCUCUCCCUGGUCUUUUACUCAGUAUUACAUUACAGCCAAGGGCAAGGGAGGAGGCUGUCUGUCAGACAAUCUCAUCAGUCAAGAUGGUGUCAAAAUAUAUACACAAAUAAAAUGGACGCGACAGCAUGAAUAUACAUCAACAUAUGUACAGUUGAAGUCAGAAGUUUACAUACACUUAUGUUGGAGUCAUUGAAACUAGUUUUUCAACCACUCCACUAAUUUCUUGUUAACAAUUAUAAUUUUGGCAAGUCGGUUAGAGGACAUCGACUUUGUGCAUGACAAGUAAUUUCCCAACAAUUGUUUACAGACAGAUUAUUUCACUUAUUCACCACAUCACAAUUCCAGUGGGCCAGAAGUUGACAUGCACUAAGUUGACUGUGCCUUCAAACGGCUUGGAAAAUUCCAGAAAAUUAUGUCAUGGCUUUAGAAGCUUCUGAUAGGCUAAUUGACAUUUGAGUCAAUUGGAGGUGUACCUGUGGAUGUAUUUCAAGGCCUACCUUCAAACUCAGUGCCUCUUUGCUUGACAUCAUGGGAAAAUCAAAAGAAAUCAGCCAAGACCUCAGAAAAAAAAUAUUGUAGACCUCCACAAGUCUGGUUCAUCCCUGGGAGCAAUUUCCAAAUGCCUGAAGGUACCACAUUCAUCUGUACAAACAAUAGUAUGCAAGUAUAAACACCAUGGGACCACGCUGCCGUCAUACCGCUCAGGAAGGAGACACUUUCUGUCUCCUCGAGAUGAAAGUGCAAAUCAAUCCCAAAACAACAGCAAAGGCCCUUCUGAAGAUGCUGGAGGAGACUGGUACAAAAGUAACUAUAUCCACAGCAGAACUAGUCCUAUAUCGACAUAAUCUGAAUGGCCGAUCUGCAAGGAAGAAGCCACUACUCCAAAACCGCCAUAAAAAUGCCAGACUACAGUUUGCAACUGCACAUGGGGACCAGGAUUGUGCUUUUUGGAGAAAUGUCCUCUGGUCUGAUGAAACAAAAAUAGUACUGUUUGGCUAUAAUGACCAUCGUUAUGUUUGGAAGAAAAGGGGGAGGCUUGCAAGCCAAAGAACACCAUCCCAACCGUGAAGCACGGAGGUGGCAGCAUCAUGUUGUGGGGGUGCUUUGCUGCAGGACGUACUAGUGCACUUCACAAAAUAGAUGGCAUCAUGCGGGAGGGAAAAUUGUGGAUAUAUAUCGAAGCAACAUCCCAAGACAUCAGUCAGGAAGUUAAAGCUUGGCCCGCAAAUGGGUCUUCCAAAUGAACAAUGACCCCAAGCAUACUUCCAAAGUUAUGGCAAAAUGGCUUUAGGUUGGGAAAAUUACUUGUGUCAUGCACAAAGUAGAUGUUCUAACUAGCUUGCCAAAACUAUAGUUUGUUAACAAGAAAUUUGUGGAGUGGUUGAAAAAUGAGUUUUAAUGACUCCAACCUUAGUGUAUGUUAACUUCCGACUUCAACUGUAUAUAUGUAUGUAUUGAAACAACAACUAGCCUCAGAUUUAAAACCACCCUGUAAACUCACCUCGCGGGAGGAACAUUGUUUGAUUUUUUUUUUUUUCCGCAGGAAGCACAACACUAAUCAGAAAAAAAUCUUGUGAACAAUAUGCGCAAAAUUCCUGUGAAGUACCCGGUCUUGAGUCGUAUCAACGUGGCAGAAAAUACAUCUUAUGCUAUCUAUCGCAAUCAUACAUUAACUAAUCGUCAUAACCAUUCGAGUUCCGAGCCAUGUCUGGAGUUAAAUGGGUGAUGGCAUCAUGGCGUUGCGGGUUCUGUACAAAAGCUGUCGUUGUGUCCGUCUUUCUCUUUACCUUCUCUCGCUCUCUCUCUCUGCCUUUCUUCCUUCCCUUUUUCUGCUGUGUGUCCCUGUUUGUCAGCUUUGCAAUACUGUUGCCAUUCAUUGUAGAGAAGAUCCUAGUUUUAUUUUUCUAUCUGUGGUAAAAGAAAAGUUAACCAAAAGCAGUUUGUCUGUUUUGGUGCAGUGUCUAAUUCCUGCACACAUUUAACUAUUAAAGGAAAGUGCCUGAAGCAUCCUCUUCAUCUAUCUCAUGUAUACUUAGUAAAAAACAAUAUAUGUUUAAAGAAACAGUUAAAUCGAUUGUUUUCUGGGUUUUUUUACAAUCUAAGUUUUUACCUCUGUAAAAAAAAGCUAAAAUAUAUAUAGAUAUAUAUAUAUCUAUCAAGUGUAUGAUGUACAUUUUAAGUUCUAUUUUUGUAUUGUUUCCAAUAUGAUCAUCACGACUCUUUGCUUUUUAAAAAGAAAAAAUGAGAAAAGAGAAAUUAACAUCUGUAUAAAUGCCAAUACAUCAUAUGGAAACUAACAGAAGCAUGGCCUGGAUAGUAAGUAC